AUGGCAUCUUCUAUUUUGCGUUCCAAAAUAAUACAAAAACCGUACCAAUUAUUCCACUACUAUUUUCUUCUGGAGAAGGCUCCUGGUUCUACAGUUAGUGAUUUGAAUUUUGAUACAAACAUACAAACGAGUUUACGUAAAUUAAAGCAUCAUCAUUGGACGGUGGGAGAAAUAUUCCAUUAUGGGUUUUUGGUUUCCAUACUUUUUUUCGUGUUUGUGGUUUUCCCAGCUUCAUUUUUUAUAAAAUUACCAAUAAUCUUAGCAUUUGCUACUUGUUUUUUAAUACCCUUAACAUCACAAUUUUUUCUUCCUGCCUUGCCCGUUUUCACUUGGUUGGCAUUAUAUUUUACGUGUGCUAAAAUACCUCAAGAAUGGAAACCAGCUAUCACAGUUAAAGUUUUACCAGCUAUGGAAACAAUUUUGUACGGCGAUAAUUUAUCAAAUGUUUUGGCAACCAUCACUACCGGAGUGUUAGAUAUAUUGGCAUGGUUACCAUAUGGGAUUAUUCAUUUCAGUUUCCCAUUUGUACUUGCUGCUAUUAUAUUUUUAUUUGGGCCACCGACGGCAUUAAGAUCAUUUGGGUUUGCCUUUGGUUAUAUGAACUUGCUUGGAGUCUUGAUUCAAAUGGCAUUCCCAGCUGCUCCUCCAUGGUACAAAAACUUGCACGGAUUAGAACCAGCUAAUUAUUCAAUGCACGGGUCUCCUGGUGGACUUGGAAGGAUAGAUAAAUUGUUAGGUGUUGAUAUGUAUACCACCGGAUUUUCCAAUUCAUCAAUCAUUUUUGGGGCAUUCCCAUCGUUACAUUCAGGAUGUUGUAUCAUGGAAGUGUUAUUUUUGUGUUGGUUGUUUCCACGAUUCAAGUUUGUGUGGGUUACAUACGCAUCUUGGCUUUGGUGGAGCACGAUGUAUUUGACUCAUCACUACUUUGUCGAUUUGAUUGGUGGAGCCAUGUUAUCUUUGACUGUUUUUGAAUUCACUAAAUAUAAAUAUUUGCCAAAAAACAAAGAAGGCCUUUUCUGUCGUUGGUCAUACACUGAAAUUGAAAAAAUCGAUAUCCAAGAAAUUGACCCUUUAUCAUACAAUUAUAUCCCUAUCAACAGCAAUGAUAAUGAAAGCAGAUUGUAUACGAGAGUGUACCAAGAGUCUCAGGUUAGUCCCCCACUGAGAGCUGAAACACCUGAAGCAUUUGAGAUGUCAAAUUUUUCUAGGUCCAGACAAAGCUCAAAGACUCAGGUUCCAUUGAGUAAUCUUACUAACAAUGAUCAAGUGCCUGGAAUUAACGAAGAGGAUGAAGAAGAAGAAGGCGAUGAAAUUUCGUCGAGUACUCCUUCGGUGUUUGAAGACGAACCACAGGGUAGCACAUAUGCUGCAUCCUCAGCUACAUCAGUAGAUGAUUUGGAUUCCAAAAGAAAUUAG